AACAUGCAGUCACGACCCCUUCUAUCGCGGGUUCGCCUUGUGCUUUUCCUUUGUUGUACGUCUCCCCCACAUGCCGAUGGUCAUUAACGCAGCAUGUGUACAACUAUCUUAUAAAUGUAUCUAGUUCUUUUGUACACUAUUUUCUCUUUACCGAGGUCAUUUUCUAAUUCAUUAAUGCCAUGUCAUCCAGUUAUGGAUGCAUUCACUUUUUGCGACCUCCUCAACCUUGAUUGUCCUUCUGCAUCCAUUCCUCAGGUACCCCUGGCAGCAAGUUUGUGCAUCUUAACUUAGAUCUGAU